AGAACCGCUCACUGGGAUUAAUGUUCUUGUCUAGAGGAGGAAGUAAGAGAUUCUGAGGAUGAUGAGAAAACUGCAAGAAGCUAAAAAAAAGUAUAAAAAAGAAAUCGAUAAAAAGAGUAAUGAUCAUAAACUGUCCGUUUCCUUCUCUCUAUCGGACGAAUUGCUUGACCAGUAAAGGUAGAACAACUCAGUGUCAGAGCCGCUUGGUCACUAGAUCGGCGGCGGUUCUUCGUAUAUCCACGGCGGCGAUCGGUGCCAUAGCUGCGGCGGUUGUGAUAGCAUCCGUGUCUGUAGCUUCAGCAGAGCUUCCUCCGCCGCCGCAAGACGGGGAAACGCUGUCCAACGUGCCGCAAACGCUAUCAGGGGAAGACUGCAAGAAACAGAGGAUUCAACGGCCCAAAUCCAAAAACGCAGAGAAAUGUACCGUCAAAUGCGUCAACACUUGUAUUCGCAGCGGAGACGGCGAAGGACCCAUCAAUAUCAGAAGGCCAUUAGUGGUAUUCAAGCAAGGAUUUCGUAGCCGUAAUUACUGCUUAGUGGAAUGUUCGGAUAUUUGCAAUUUGAUCGGAGAUGGUGACUAUGGACCCUGAAACAGAGAUAUAAUAGAACCAACAACAAUGAUGCACAAGGAAGAAACAAGAGGAGGAUGAAACUCAUCAUAUAUAAUAUAUAUAUCUUCAGAUUUUGAUUAGUUGAUUUAAACACGCUAAAUAAUAUCAAUUUAUACGAUCCAUUUGCAGUCUCUGAUAAAUAACACAGAGUUUGAGAGACUUCUCUCGCGAA